AUGAAUCCUGGCGAUCCACAGCUGCGAGAGUGCAUAGAGGGGGUAAGGAGAGAACCAAGCGGCAUCCCCGAUCAGGCCGACCCCGACGUUUUCAAUCCACCCUCUCCCGGUUCCCGACCGCCCUCUGUAGCAUCUUCAUAUGGCAGUAUCGACAGCGGUGUAUCACAUCCGCCGAGAGCAGGAAACAAACAGAAGAAGAGGGUCGACAUCACAUGGGACGAUUUCGACGACUCUGAUCAGGAUGGUGACAAAUCAAAGACUCGGACGCGGGCGCGGAAGGAAGAGCCAGAUGCCAAAAAGUUUGCCUGUCCCUUCUACAAACGCUACCCGAAAGAGCCCCAAGAGUCUCUAGAAUGCGUAGCCCCUGGAUUGACAAGCGCUCACCUAGUCAAUGACCAUAUCUUCCGCAGACACGUGUAUUCAAAGCUUCAAUGCCAUCGAUGCUACGACGAGUUUUCGACUGAGACUGCAUUACAUGGCCAUCAACGGGCAGAUAACCCGUGUGAGAAGAAACCGGUUACAACCAAGAUUGACGUCCAACAAGAGCAGCAACUGAGAGAUCAAGAUAUGUAUGGAAGAUAUUUUGAGAAUGAAUGGAGAUGGAAUGCGACUUACAAAAUCAUCUUUCCAGACGCCAAAGUGAUUCCAAGUCCUUAUUUUGAGCCGCUCAACCUUCACAGCUAUUAUCGAACCCUCCUUAUGAACCACCUGCCGGCCCUAGCCAAGAGGGAAUUGAACAAUGACAUGGACAACCCUCUCCACCCUGGAAUCUUGCACAGGGUCGAAGACGCCGUUAUAACUGCGUUGAAAGGGUGCUUUUCAGUGAUGGAUGAGGUUCUUGGGGAGAGAGCAAACAGACGGAGAACCAAGGAGAACCAACUUCCCCGCCUGAACCAUAGCAGAUAG